AUGGCCGCUAACACCGACCACCUUGAGCACACUAAUAUUUACAGUCGCGAUCUUGAUGAUAGCGAAGAAAGCGAUGGGGAGGGAGGUCUAGGCAACUUGAACCGCCUGAUCGUGAGGCCCCCGGGGCACAGCGGCAAGGCCAAGCGUGGCCAGCUGUGUUUCGACGCGGCCUUCGAGUGCGGAAACCUCGGACGUGCGGACCACAUCACCGAGCUGGAGUACGACCUCUACAUCCGCCCCGAUACUUGUCGCCCGCGGUCGAGGUUCUGGUACAACUUCACCGUAGAAAAUGUUAAACAGGAUCAGCGGGUGAUAUUCAACAUAGUGAAUUUAGGCAAAGAACGCACUUUAUACGACGGAGACAUGACGCCGCUAGUUAGAUCGACGUCGCGACACAAGUGGCAACGCAUCCCCCGUCGCCUCAUCUUCUACCACCGCUCCGCGGCCCAUCGCGGACGCAAAGUUCUCAGCCUGGCCUUCGCCUUCGACCGGGAGGAAGAUGUGUACCAGUUUGCGGCAGCCGCGCCCUACUCCUUCUCUCGGCUUCAGAAGUACCUCACUGCUUGGGAGAAGAAGGCGCAAGCGUUUGCCACUAGAGAGUCUAUAGCUCAGACCACGCAAAAACGGCGAGUAGACCUAAUUACAAUCGGAGACUUCACCGUUGAGAAAGAGGUGAUGGAUGACGUCACGCCUAUCACCAAGUCCAAGGUGCCGGAGCCGAAGAAGCGUGUCGUGCUGAUCAUAGCGAGAGCCCACGGGGGUGAACACCCAGCUUCGUAUAUUUGUCAAGGUUUUCUCGAUUACAUAGUUAGUUCGUCUGAGAAAGCACGCGCUUUACGGAAUGGAAUUGCAAUACAGGAUAAGAAAGUAGUAAUAAACCAGGCAGGUCUGUGUCAGGUGGUGCCGAUGUUGAACCCGGACGGGGUGUUCCUGGGCAACCAGCGGUCCGACCUGCUGGGCUCCGACCUCAACCGCUGUUGGCACCGCGCCACCAGCUACGCGCACCCGGCCCUCAUCGCCGUCAAUGACGUCGUCAAGAAACUACGGGCUGAGAAGGCAAUCCAGUUGGAUUUCAUCAUCGACAUUCACGCGGACAACAGCCAUGAAGGUGUCUUCAUUCGAGGAAACUCCUAUGAUGAUAUAUUCAGGUUCGAGCGUCACGCAGUUCUCCCGAAGUUCCUGGCAGCGCGCGUAGAAGCGUGGCAGCCACAGAACUGCCUGUACAACGCCGACAUCAAGGCGCUGGGGUCGGCGCGCCGCUCCUUGCCUUUCGGGACAGUCGACGCAUACACCUUGCUUGCUUCAUUGGGUGGCCGCAGGCUCAACCCAAGAGGACCCUACUUGCAUUAUACUGAGGAUGCGUAUUUAAAGAUAGGUAGAUCCCUAGUGAAGGCGCUGUGCGAUUACUACCGCCACAUCGGCGUGAUUCCCCAGCGGGUGCCAGUUGCCAAGAAGGAGCCCCGCGGCAGGCGACGUCGACGGAAGCCUGUCUACGAACGGGAGGGGUCUCCGAGCUCGUCGACGCCGGAGCGGCGCGUGCUGGCGACGCGCGUGCUGUCCCCGGAGCUGCCGCCCGCAUCGCCGCCCGCCAUGCGGGGCCCGCCGGGCCGCGCGCCGCGACACGCCCUGCUGCGCGUGCGCCCGCGCCCCGUCGUCGUGCCAGAACUCUUACAUGUACUACCUGUCAUUACAGGGCACGCGGUGCAGACGCCGCGGCUGGCGGUGGUAGACCUGAGCGCCCACAUCCAGCCGCCGCGGGCCGCGCACGGGCCCCCGCGCCCCGCGCGCCCGCCGCGGCCCUCGCACCCGCGCCUCACCAGCGACGAGUACACGGACACGCAAGACUCCGACAUAUAG